AUGGAUUCAGACGAGCUGGAAGCCUUCCAGCAGGAACUCACCUGCUCCAUCUGCAUGAACUGCUUCCUGGACCCCGUCACCAUAGACUGUGGGCACAGCUUCUGCCGUCCCUGUCUGAGCCUUUGCUGGGAAGAAGGCCAGACUCCAAGGAGCUGCCCUGAGUGCAGGGGAAUAUCAGAGAGGCCACAUUUCAAAACCAAUAUUGUCCUCAAGAGGCUGGCUUCCCUUGCCAGACAGGCCAGAGCUGACCACGACCACUGCUCUGAGGAGCAGAUCUGUGAGACACACCAGGAAGCCAGAGGCCUCUUCUGUGAGGCUGACCAGACCCUGCUCUGCGGGCCCUGCUCUGAACGCCCCGAGCACGCAGCUCACAGCCACAGUCCCAUACACAGGGCUGCUGAGGAGUCCCGGGAGAAACUUGUAAAGAGAAUGAGAUCUUUAUGGAAACUGAGAGAAGAAAUGCAAAUCAGUCUGAAUCAGGAAGCUAACAAAACUCAGUCCUUUGAGGACUAUGUGGCACUAAGGAAGGAAAUGAUUACAGCUGAAUAUCAGAGGAUGCUUCUGCUGCUCCGGGAAGAGGAGCAACUGCAUCUGGAGGCCCUGGAGCGAGAAGCCAAGGAGAUUUGUGAACAACUCAAGGAGAGUGUGCUCACAAUGACUCAGUACAGAGAACAUCUGAAAGACAUGUACAGAGAGCUGACUGCGAUGUGCUGCAAGCCGGACAGGGAGCUGCUCCAGCCUUUGACCUUGACAUGUCUAUAUGUCAUUUGUUACAGGACUGACUUGGCACAGAUGCAGAAGCCUCAGCCAGUGAACCCAGAGCUCACUUGCUGGCCUCUCACUGGAAUCCUAGACAUGCUGAACAACUUCAGAGUGGAUAACAUUCUGAGUCAGACAAUGACCAUUUACCACAUGAGCCUUUCUGAGGAUGACGAUGAUGCAAGUGUUAUGUUCAGAGAUGAGCACCAUGGCGUGUCCAGACAGCCUCAGAUUGUGGAGAGUGUCGUGUCCUGGGGAGCUCGGGCCUUCACCUCUGGGAGGCAUUACUGGGAGCUGGAUGUGACGCACUCCUCCAGCUGGAUUCUGGGCACCUGCAAAGAUAUCUUGAUAACUGAUACUAAUAUCAGCAUUUAUUCUGAAGAAGCAUGUGUUCUGUUUGCCAAGAAGGUGAACAAUCAUUAUAGUCUCUUCACCAACACCCCACCCUACAUUCAGUAUGUGAAAAGGCCUCUGGGUAGGAUUGGGGUGUUUCUGGAUUAUGACAAUGGAACUGUGAGUUUCUAUGAUGUUUGCAGAGCAUCCCUCAUAUACAGUUUCCUUCCUUCCCCUUUUUCCUUCCCUCUGAAGCCUUUCCUUUGUCUUAGGUCUCUAUGA